AUGGUGCACUUCCGGCUCGCUGUCUUGACCAGUUCGCUGGUGAUCGCGGCGCUUGCCCAGCAGCCGGCACCCAACCCGCGCAGCUCCCGGCUAAAGGUCCGUCUCAACCCGAGCAAUAUCCGCGACCUGGAGGAUCCCGACUUCAACGUGUGGACGAUCAACCCGGACUCCACUUCGGCGUCCGGGAGCUGGAAUAACGUCGACUUUACCCUCGCCACUGACGGCAGCUCCAAGUUAUACGGAAACUGGUAUAAAGUCGCGUAUUCGAGGGUCGUGUCCUUCUUGGGUGAGAGGGUCAUCGGCGAGGGCAUCACGACGGACGACCAGCUUGGACUGCCGCUCACCUUGUCCAUCAAGGGCCUCUCUCCCGGAAACCAUACCCUCCUAGCUUGGCACAACUGCUGGGAUAAGUUGGAGUCCGUUGCACCGCUCAACAUCACUGUUGAUGGGAAACCUGUGGUCCAAAAUCUCCCACAAUCUGUCCGUGCCGACAAUAUCUGGGACGCCGCCUACUCUUACCUCCGCCUAAACGUCGCGUCCGCCAGCGAGACCGUCAAGGUUACGUACACGCCCAGUACUGGAAACGACACUCGAGUUUAUUUGAACGGCUUCCAGAUCGAUGCCCCGGCUACGGGCAACUUGGUUUCCUUCCCGUCUCCUUCCCACACCGAUGAGCACGUUGAGCUGAACGGUGCGACGAGCUUGACUGCCUCCUGGACCGCUCCGCGUCUUCCCAAAGCCCCCAAAUACAACGUGUAUCUCGGCACGUCCCCUGAGAAGCUCACGAGCGUCAGUCUUAAACAGACAGAAACCAAUGUCGUACUUUCUGACCUUAACACACACGACACGUAUUAUUGGCGUGUUGACGUUGUGUCUGGUUGCAAUUUGUAUAUCGGCAACGUCUUCAAGUUCCGAGUGGCCCAACUUGCCUUUCCCGGGGCUGAGGGCUGGGGCCGUUGGGCUCGAGGCGGACGUGGCGGAAAGGUGGUCCACGUUACAACCCUAGAGGACAAUGAGGAACCCGGCAGUCUUCGAUAUGCUCUUACGAAAGUAGCUGGGCCUAGAAUCGUUGUCUUCGACGUUGGUGGUGUCAUCACAACCACGAGUCGACUCUCGGUCAACGACACAUCCAUCACUCUCGCGGGUCAUACCGCCCCCGGCAAGGGAAUUGUCGUCCAGGGUUUUCCCAUCGGUCUAACGGGCGCCAGCGAUGUCAUCUUCAGGCACAUGCGCGUCCGCCCGGGCAAGGUAUCCGGCACGACCAUCGAUGGUAUGGGUAUGCAAGGGUCAAACCAUUGCAUCUUCGACCGGUGCUCGAUGGGAUGGGGCAUUGACGAGUCCUUCUCGUCUCGUUCCGCGUACAACAUCACGUUCCAGCGAAACUUCAUCUCCGAACCGCUAAACAUUGCCGGCCACCAGAACUAUCCGCCGGGCACUAAGCAUGGCUUCUCGGCUACAAUCAGUGGCGAUGUGGGCUCCUUCCACCACAAUCUCCUUGCCCACGCCGAGGGACGGUCCUGGAGCAUGGGUGGCAACCUUGACAAUGCGGGAUUUUUCGCAGGGCGUCUGGAUAUUCGGAACAACGUCGUCUAUAACUUUGGCGAUCGCGUUACUGACGGUGGCGCUCACGAGGUUAACUUCGUCGGCAACGUCUACAAACAGGGCCCAGCCAGUUAUCUUACCUACACGUUGCGUGCACAGUAUGAGAACCAACUUCCAGGCACGCAGCAAUAUUUCUGCGACGGCAAUACCAUGUGGGCUACAAACAGCAGUGUCAUCAUCCCCCAGGACUCGGUUCAAUACCCGCCCGGCAACAACACCGACCAUUCCUCCCCCAUCGCAUGCUACGCCGACAUCACCAUCGACCCUCCCCCUCCAUACCAGCACUUCUUUGACGUCCCCUUCUUCGAGCCCCACGUCACCACGCAACCCGCGCUCCAAGCCUACAAGCGCGUCCUCUCCGACCGGGGCGCGCAGCAGCCGGUUCUCGACGACCACGACGAGCGCGUCAUCCGCGAGACGCUGACGGGCACGUACACGUACGUCGGGUCCGUGAGCGGCGAGAAGGGCCUGAUCGACGACCCGGCCGACGUCGGCGGACUCGAGGACUUCCCGACCGUCGUGCGCGACGCCGACUGGGACGCCGACGGCGACGGGAUCGCGGAUUGGUGGGACGGCGAGACGGGUGGGGCGGGGUAUACGCCUAUCGAGGGGUAUCUGAACUUCAUGGCUGAGCCGCAUGGGUUUGUUGAGCCGGGUGGGAGCGUCGAGGUUGAUCUCUCGAGGCUGGCGGCUGGGUUUGUGGCGCCGGUGAAGUUCGAGGUUACGGGAGCGGGUAAGGGGAGCGUUGGUGUUAAUGGGGAUAAGCUGACGUAUAAGGCGGGCGGGAGCCCUGGCAUUGAACGGUUGACUGUUGGGAUUGCUGAUGCUGAGGGCGAUACCUGGGAGCGACCGUAUGGUAUUGCCAUCUUUGCUGGCGCUUCGAAGGCACAGUGA